GUGGACACGGGAGCGAUGUUCCUGAAUCUCAUGACAAACACGAGCAGAGAAAAGAAGCUGCUCAGAUUCUGCACGCCAACAUCCCCGGAAGCACUCUCACUUGUCGUCAGGACAGUAGUGUCACAGGCGAUAAUAACCCACUCUCAACGAACGGUGGUACAGUGGUAAACAAAUUGCCUGGGGCACACCCUCCAAUACCUCCUCGUCUCCGCAAGAAAGCAAGGGGAACCAGUUCACCUAGUUCCUCACCUAAACUUUCGCGAGGGCGGAUUCUACCUCAAACUCUGCCGGACGCAGCUAUUGCAGUGAAAGAUGCUGAAAACGUUCAACUAACCAAAACAGUCUCUGAAACAAAGGCCACUGGCCCAGAAACCCAGGACAACAAAAGCGGCGCAAAACCCCCAAGGGGAUAUUCAAAUGCAGCGUUGACAACAAACACUGGAGAAGGUGAGAUAGCUCGGAAUACACAACAGCAACAAACGCUGCCAAAACAGCCCAGAGAUUAUAAGACCAGUCCCAGGUCUCCCCCCACUGUCAAGCAGAGGAGGAACACCCUCGGGAACAGGCCAACCGCCCUACCUCCCAAACCAGCUCCGCCACCCAAAUCGCUGGGUUUGCGACGACAGAGUCUUCAACGACCGCUCGUGCCUCGACCGCCCGUGCCUCGACCGCGCUCCUUCAUUCCGUCUCAUACCCUAGAGAACCAAGUUGCAGAAAUGACAAACGGCAAAAGCUCGGUAUCUCCGCCACAAAAACCCAGCCCUCAUCUGUCCCCUCGAAGAGGCCUUGUACCAGCUACAAGAAACCUUGCCAAGUCAUCGCCGAGUCUUCUCGCUGCCGUUCAUGAAGCUACUACCCCUGGCGCUUGUCACAAUCAGGAAUAUCCCGUUGCAACACCUCCGAGAACUAGAAAAACUGGUUCUGAAAGUCCAAGUCACAUGAGAGGGAGGCGGGCGGGUUCAGACAGCCCUAGUCAUGUGCUGGCAGGCAUUUUGAAUGAAAGGAGAGCUACGAUACCCAGAAGUCAAGGAGCAAGCCCGACUCAUGUGACUAGUCAUGUGACAACGAGCUCAGGUCAUAUGACAAACAGCCCAAAGAGUCAGGUGAGCAGCAGUCCAAGUCAUGUGACCAGUCUUGUGAGUAGCCCUAGUCAUGUAACAAGUCAGGUUAGCAGCAGCCCAAGUCAUGUGACUAGUCGUGUGAGCAGCCCCACAAGUCAUGUGAGCAGCAGCCCAAGUCAUGUGACCAGUCAGGUGAGCAGCAGCCCAAAUCAUGUGACCAAUCAAGUGAGCACCCCAAGUCAUGUGACAAGUCAUGUGAGCAGCAGCCCAAGUCAUGUGACCAGUCCCACAACUGAGAGAAGAGGCAGUUCGAGCAGUACCUCUAGUCGCAUUCGUGUCCUCCCCACACCUCCCACUCAACACCAGCUCAGUAGCGGUUCGCUGGGCGAAGGAGACAGAGCGAAAAUCACUCUCAGACAUCUUGAGCACUCCCGUAUCUCCAGCGAGCGACUUACCCUGGCAUAGUACCGCCCAAACCACCCACAAAGAGAAGGUUCUCGAAAUCUUCGUCGGUUGCAGACAUGCUCGACAUUAUGGAGGACGCACUCCCGGCGAUACGGAUGCAGUAAAGACUUCGAACCUUGCUAGAGAGGUGGUGAAGGAGUUAAAGAGAGUGACAGGGGACGGUGUGGCUGGGGAAAGUGGUGAAGGUGAGAGGGGAGGGAAGGAGGGAGGGGUGCGGGGCGAACCGGAAGGAGCGGAGACGAAAACAGUGGCAGAAUCGCGCCGAAACUUGCCCGAGAAACGCGGCGAGGUCGGAAGAAGAGGAAAGAAGACCAGAUUGAGUUUUGCCAAACAGCGGGCCAUGUCGGUCGGCGACAUUUCUCUACUCGAGACUGGACCCGUACAGAGUGAUUCCAGUUCCUACACCAGUUCAGAGGGACGGUCUUCCGUGAUGAGCUCGGAAUCUCCGCUGCUGGAGAGAGCGAGGCAGCUGUCCAAGAACAGGACAUGGUGCAACCAGCCCGAGGUCAAGGAAACUGGGAUUGUCCAGAGCCUGGCAAAAGAGACGCUACUUCAGCAAGAAGCAAUAUUUGAAAUAAUCACGUCAGAGGCAAGUUACCAUCUCAAUCUGACGACGCUCAUCGAUCAGUUCAUGGACGAUCCCAAACUGGAACCAAAUACCCCGGAAUCGGCGCUGGACAGGACCCAACACUCCACGAUCUUCUCCAACGUGAAGGAGAUCAGAAGUAUCAGUGCAAGGUUUCUGGAGGAGAUUCUUGGGCUGUUUGGAGAAGACGUGUUUCUGGGGAAGAUAUUUCCCGUCCUAGAAGACUAUGCAGCGAACAGGUUUGUCUGCUACGAGCGCUACUGUGCCAGUCAGAGCCACAGACUGAAGGAGUUGAAGGAAUGCACAGAGAAGAGCGAAAACUUCCAGCGUCAGCUCAAAAGGCUCGAGGAAGAAGCCAACCAGACACUCCAGUCUCUAGUCACAGCUCCAAUGCAGAGGGUCACCAAACUUCCUCUACUGAUGAGCGAAAUAUUGAAACGAACUCCAAAUGACGACCCACGGCGAGAACAAAUGGAGUUAACACACAGAGCAACAGCAGAGAUUGCAGAUCUGUGCAACAAAGGAGCUGGGAAAAUUGGCGAUCUCGUUCACUUGGAAACCAUCUGGAAGAAACUUCACUUCGGGCAGUUAAAGCCAUUCCUGAUCCUAGCUCCAGGGAGAAAGCUAAAGAAAGAAGGAGCAAUUGAGAGGCUCAGGGUCAACAAACGACGAACUCGGGUUCAACCGGACAAAGUACAAAACUACCUGUUUGUGUUUACCGACCUGUUUAUGAUCACCACGGAGGAAAAAGAGAGACAUCAUGUGGUAGACUACUGCCCACUGAGCCAGCUCACCGUGGAGCCAAUCUCCACCCACCCCACCACUCCAAUCCUCGACACCUCGAGCUCUAGCGAAGACAGCUACACCAUGUCGGGGGCCGAGUGGACGGUCGCCGUGGCAGGAGAGGAGCACGCAUUUCUCGUGACACUGACAGAGAGCGCUGCGGUUGCUAGCGGGAAACAGGGAGGUGACGGAAGCUACAUCUUUGUGGCUAAAAGCGAGGCAGAAAAGACAAAAUGGAUGGACACUCUGCGAGAAAGACACAAAGAAGAGGUUGUUAGUAAACCCAAGACUGGACGAAACCUGACAAUGUUGACGCGGAAACGACAGAGGGAAAUCCCCACCAAGAAAUACUGGUGGAAACAACCACAGGUCGAGCAGAGUGGAGUGGUGAAGACAUUGACACAGCUUCAACUCGAGCUACAAGAGGCGAUAUUUGAGGUGGUGACGUCGGAAGAGGAACACCUGGCAACCAUGGAAACGCUCGUCAACCACUACAUGUCCGACUCCGGUCUGGACCCCAGCUACCCCGAGGAACAGAGGGUCCUCAGCGAAGAGGAAUACAACGACAUCUUCCGAUACGUCAAAGACGUCUUGCUCAUCAGCGGAGGGUUGCUGAAGACGCUACAUGCCAGACAGCGAGAGAACGUCGUCGUGGAUACCAUCUGCGAUAUUCUACUUCUCUGUGUUGAAAGAAGGUUCCAGGGCUACAUCCGCUACUGUACCAACCUACCAAACAGCUUGGAGCAACUCGAUACCAGCAUAGAGAAGAACGAGCCGUUUCGCGGCUACCUGAGACAGCUGGAAGAGGACCAGCGACCGCUCCGCUCCCUCCUGAAGGCCCCCAUGGACCACGUCUCCCACCUGCCACAACUGCUGAGGAACAUUCUCAGGAAGACGCCCACCACUGAGCUCAACCACUGUCUGGUCGAGGCCACUCUCAGGGCUCUGGAAAAGGUGGAGAGACUGUGUACCAGUGGACAACAGAAGGUUGAGAAGAUCAAGGAACUGUAUCUACUGGAGAAUCAAUUGGACUUUGGCAGCAUCAAGCCAUUCUCGCUGGUGUCGGUUGGACGAUCUCUCCUAAAACAAGGCUCUCUUACUAAACUGAAAGUCUCCCAGUGGUUUGGGAAAGCAGUCCGAAAGAAAACAAACUACCUCAUCAUCCUCUCCGACUGUCUACUCAUCACCAAGAGAAUUGAGAACGUAUACAAAGUGAUGGACAUGGUUCCCCUGGGCAGAGUUCUAGUUGAAGUAGUAGAACCUCAUGCAGUUGAGCACCACUCAUCGCUGACUGGAGGCGAGGAUGUGCUGGUCGGGGCACGGUGGGCCGUUUCAAAGGCGGGGGAGAACCACGCUUUUCUCGUCACUCUGCCCGACGUAAAGCGAAGCUACACCUUCGUCACCAAGAGUGAGCAGGAGAGGGCGGAGUGGAUAGAGGCUCUCACUGAGCAGAAUCUCAUGUCGUUUGAGGAAGAGACUGACUCCAGUCUCACGUGGGAGUAUUUCUACAUGGAGGCUGUAGCUGACUACUGCCCAGCCAGCGAAUGCAGAGCCCCUGAAGAUCUGGACAUGAGGAGAGGCGAACUCCUCAGAGUAUACAGAGCCAACAAUGGUUAGUUUACUGAGAGUAUGCAGAGUUUUACUGAGAUUAACAGAGUUUACUGAGGGUAUACAGAACAUAAUAUCCGGAGUGUACAGGACAAAACAUCUAAUUAACUGAGAGUAUGCAGAGUUUCACUAAAAGUAUACAAAAUAGUUUACUGAGAGUAUGCAAACCAAAACAUCUAGUUUACUGAGAAGUUUGGAGAGCUAGUUUACCGAGAGUAUACAAAAUAUAGCAUCUAGUUUACUGGGAGUAAACAGAACACUGAGAGUAGAUUACUGAAGUAUACAGGAAUUUACUGAGUGUGUGUCCACAGACUGGUGCGAGGGGCUGAGGUUACACGACUUGCACUGGGGACGAAUCCCCACCAAACACCUGUGUCACGCCCCUCCCGGUGGACGGAGGGAGACAGAUGGGGCGGGGCUAGGGGAGUGGCUUGCGCAGGCGACUCACGACUUCCCCGGCAACGAAUCAGGGGAGCUCCCUCUGGAGAAAGGCGAUGUCGUCAAGGUCGCCCGACAACUUGCUGGUCAGUCCCUCUAUAGAAGUUUCGGUAGAUUACUGAGAGUAUGCAGAACAAAGCACAGUUUACUGAGAGUAUGCAGAACCGAAUAGAACGGAGUAUAAUAGGCAGAACAAAAACACGGUAUGCAGAAAGAGUAUACAAAGAUGAGCAUCUAGUUUACUGGGAACAUACAAAACACAACUCUAUUAUGUUUACAGGUUGGUGUGAAGGGAAGAAGCUCCGUGGCAACCAGUGGGGUUGGUUCCCCAGAACUCACACUCAGUCAAUGAGCACCUCUCGGUCUUCGUCCAUAGCCUCUUCCUCUCGCCACGCAACCAUCAGUUCUUCACACCACUCUCCCUCUCCCCCUCCCUCCCCCUCUCCCUCUUCCCCCAUUUCCGACCUCCUUCUUCCUCCUCCUCCACCGCCCAGAUAGCAACAGUUGUUAUUGUAAAUCACCCACUAUAAUAAUUAUAUAGUUACACCAGACUUAUUUUUGUACGCAAAUUUUUUAAUGCCAACUUAACUAGUCUUAUUGCUUGUGAUUGUGUUUUUGAUUGUAUGAUGAAAAGUAAACACACGAUAUUAUUAGGCAAUGAAAGAAGUGGACAUAUAGUACAGCGAAAGAGUUAAAAACAGACACGUGUACGUAUUAUAGUACAGCAAAAGAGUUAAAAACAGACACGUGUACGUAUUAUAG